GCAGUGAUUAAGUUUUUGUACACCCUUUUCUUUCUUUCUUGACACUCAUACACCAUGGCACCGAAUAAGAUCAUCAUAGACACGGAUCCGGGCGUUGACGAUGUCCUCGCCAUGCUCCUCGCCCUCUCAGCGAAGCCAGAGGAAUUAGAGAUUCUGAUGAUCUCGCUUACCUUUGGGAAUGUCGAAGUGCAGAACUGUCUAAGAAAUGUCGUCACACUCUUCCACUACAUCGAGAAGGAGCGGGCAUGGCGUAAAGCAAAUGGCAGACCAGAGGGGUUUGAAACGCUGAAUGUGCGGAAACCUAUCGUUGCCGUGGGUGCCGAAGAGCCCUUGGCAGAGCACAUGAUGGUAGCUGAUUUCUUUCACGGCAUCGACGGCUUGGGUGGCAUCCAUCACAGUCACCCACACCUCUCGCCAGCAGAAACAUGGAAAUCCCUCUUCCUACCCACACCAGAAAACUUGUCGGCUGAAGAAGCAGCCGCCCUCGAAGCUGUCAAGGAGCAGCACUCGCUUUUUAUUCCAUCGUUGAAGCCGGCGCAUGAACAGAUGCUGGACUUGUUGAGAGAGAAUGAGUCUGAUACGAUUACGAUUGUGGCUGUUGGUCCCCUGACUAACCUCGCUAUUGCGGCUGCAAAGGACCCUGAGACUUUCUUGAGGGUGAAAGAAGUUGUCGUUAUGGGUGGAGCGGUUGACGCACCAGGGAACCCGCCACCUCUGCAUCUCAUCUACUCCCCCACCAUCCAGAACAUCCCCGUCCCCAACUUCAACCUCAUAAAACAGCCCGACACCCCCUUACGCAGAGCGCUGAACCACAGAAAUCAGAUGACGCCCGGCGCCGAAUUCAACACGUACGCAGAUAGCGUAGCGAGCGCGCGAGUCUUCGCACUCACAUCCCCCAACCCCCGCAUGACCAUGCCUCCCACCCUAAGCGGCCACAAAAAAGAGCAGCUUCCGCCAUAUCCCGAGAAACUGAGUAGAACGCUAAAGUUGAAGCUGUUCCCGCUCGACACCACGGAACGACAUCUCCUCCCCCAAACACUGUUUGAACAGUACACAGGCAGUGAGCAAGUGAAAGACAGCCCUCUGGCGCAAUGGGCAAGGCUCUUCCUAGACGUAACGUUCCAGAAAAACCACUCCCUAAACCCACAACAAGAUGAUUCGAAACGUGGCCUGCAACUCCACGACCCGAUGACUAUCUGGUAUGCGUUGUCGCCUUCUGAACCUGCGUGGACGUUCGAAACGGAGGAUAUUAGGGUUGAGACGUCCGGGCAAUGGACGAGGGGCUGUCUGGUCGUGGAUAGGAGGGGGCGACCUGUUACGGCUGGCACGGGGGAUUUGAACGAGGAAGUUAUUGGGGAUGCGGGAGGGUGGAGCGACUCGCGACGGGGGAACAAUGUACAGUGGUGUGUGCAGAGCCCCGGUGUGGACAAGUUUGCUAGGUUUUUGUUAGACCGGGUGUUUGGGGAUUCGAAGGCGUGA